AUGCUUAUAAACAUUUUUGACUUAAUGCUUUUCAUCUUUUUAUUUUAGUAAGCACAUUAUACAUAUUAUAGAUGUGUACAUAAUUAUUGCUAAUUUUCAACAUUCAUGCCUCUCUUAAGUAAAAGCAAUAACUAAUUUUCUAUCGAAGAAGUCUUACCUUAAGAUAUUAUUUAAGGCAAGACAAAUACAGGAUUUGGAGUUUGGAUGAAUUAUUAACCAUUGACAUAAAUAAGUGAGCUAUGUAAAGACAUAAUUUAUCGUAUUCUAGCUAAUAGGGUCUCCUAGGAUUUCAGUAGAUUGAGCGAAUAAAUUAUUAUAGAAGGAGGCCAAUUUAUUUAUUCAAUUGAGCAAAGCAAUGAUAAAUUUACAUGGUUGGUUGUUUCUGCUGAUAUUGACUCAAAUAAAUAAAUAAUUAGCCACAAAGUAUUUUACUCUUUCAAGACUUCAAUUAAUACUUUAUCGUUUGAAUUUGAUAAUUUUUUAUAUGAAGGGUAAUGGAUAUUGUUUUAUUGCUAUUUUGACAAUAUUUAAAAAUAAACUGUAAUAGGAUUUUACAAUUCUAGAGAAGCUUUAUCUAUAAAGGUUAUAAAAGAUUUGCCAGAAUACGUUUAAAAGUUAAACCACAAGGUGGGAAAUGUUUAUUCAUAUAGGAAUUAAGAUGGUAAUUUGAUAUUAUUAAGCCAAUUCAAAGGCCCUCUCACUAGUACUUUUUCUGCUGAUUCAUAGAACGUUUUCUUAGAUAUAGACUCUUGUGCUUCAAGUCUUUAUGAAUAUGCAGAUUGUUAUGGGCUGAGUUAUUAAAUAGGUGAAAAUAAUCAAUAAAUGGAUGGAAGUCAUUAUCUUAAAAUAUCGACUCAAGAAAAUGAUACACCAAAAUAUGUUUUUAAAGGUUGGAUUAUGCUAGCAUAAAGCAUAUAAACCUUUUUGGAGACUACAAUUUUUAGAAUAACUGUGAAUUCAGAUUAUGGCGAUGAUGUUAAGAUUGGAGAUAGAGAUCUACUACUAAAGUAUUAUUAGAGUAAUGUACCUGCUGAGAAUGGAUUUGAAAUAUCAACUUAUUCAUAUCAGUUUCCUAUAAAAAAGAGAUACAAGACAAAUGAAGAUGAUCAAAUUCAAUAAUUUGGAGACGAAUAUUCAGUGUUGUUUAUACAAUGGCAUUAUUUUGUAUAUGAAAUAGGAACAGUAAAUAAUAAUGAGUAGCCAAUCUUUUCUAUCUUUUUUCCUUCAAUCAAUUAAGUUCGCACAUUUACUUGGAGUAAAACAAUACGACAUUUCUCUGGAACUAAAUUUUAUGUUUACUUAGGAGGUGAUGAUUACAAUACAAAUUAUUUAAACGGAUUUAUUAGUGACGUUUCCUUAGAUCUAUUAUGUGAUCCAUAUGUUGAUGUCAGUACAUCUACAUGUCAUUAUUCUUGUUUGACAUGUGAUGGACCAACUAAAUAUAACUGUCUAACCUGUCCUGAGCAAAGUUUUAGACAACUUUCCCAAAAAGAAAAAACUUGUGCUUGCUAAUAAAGAUAUGUAGAUAAAGAUAAGGUUUAAGAAUGCUAAUCCGUUACUAAAGCAUUUCCUCAGAUAUAGAUUUAAGAAGUAGAACUAAGUUGUUAGCAAAUAGGCUAUAGCAGAUGCAAUUAGGAUGAUAUUGAAUGCAAAUUUGGUUACUUUUAAUAUUAAAAUACUUGCGUAUACUGGUAUUAUAUAAUUACUAUUAAGCCCCUUUAAUUAUGAAACCAAUUAAGGCACAUAAAUGACUUGUCUAGAUUGUUUGGUUGCACCAAAAUAAUUUAGCAUUACAUUAACGUGUAAGAUGAUGGCAAUAACAUAUAAAUAAAAUUAAGACUAUGUGUUUUAAAUAAAGUAAAGAAACCAAAAUGACUAUCUAUUUUAUAACAUGGUAACAAAUGUAGAUGGAAUUCGCCAGCUUAAAUUGUGUCAAGGUUGCAUUAGUUAUGAAACAUGCAAAGAUGGCUACUAUCUUAAAGAUUAAGAAUGCAAGCCAUGUAUGAUUGGAUGUAGCACUUGUUAGAAUUCAUUUGAAUGUGAAGAUUGCUUUUCAAAUUAUUAUAAAGGUAAAAACAAAAUAUGUCUUUAAUGUGGUAAUUGCUUAACUUGCUAUACUUAUAAUGACGCGUCUUAUUUUUGUACUAGUUGUUUAGAUAACUCAAUUAGAAUUAACAAUCAAUGCAGUUCUUGUGGGGAUUUUUGUUAGUAGUGUGAUUAAUCCAGAUUCUGUAAUUAUUGCAAAGGAUCACCUUCGUAAUAUUAUUUAUCGAUGGAUGGGUAGAAUUGCAGUUAAUGUAAUAUAGAAAAUUGCAUACAUUGCUUUGAUUAUAUUCUUAAUGGUGGUCUAUUACAAACAACUUUAGAUAUCAAUUUUAAAGUAUAUAAUUACAACUAAAGUUAAGUAAAGGUGGGUUGUGCCUUAUGUAAAGAGAAUUAUCAUUAUAAUUAAAAUAAUCAAAAGUGCGAAUUAAAACAAGAAGAUGACGAUUGUUAAAAUGCCAUCAUCUAAAAUGAGGACUUAAAGAAAACUUGCCUAAUUAGUAAAAUCAGUCAGGAUGCCAUUUAAGUAUCGAAUUGCAUAACAAUUCCAAAUUGUGUUUCAUGUAUUCACAAUUACUUUGAUAGUGACUCAUUUUGCAUAGUAUGCUAGGACGGAUACUAUUCGGCACUUCUUACAGGUUAAUGCAUUUAAUGUGGUUAAAGCUGCAAAACUUGCAUUUAAUAGAAUAGCAAGUAUAGAGAUUAUUGGAAAUGGAGCAUUAAGGCAUUUUAUAAAUUUGUAAUUAAUCAUAAUAAUGAUCAUCCAUUUGAAAAUUAUGCUUCAACAAAUUCUGAAUCAGAUUUGAAUUUAGUUUGCAAAUCAUGUCACUAUGGAUACAUUUUAUAUGAAUAACAAUGUAUAAAAGAUUGCGAUUAAACUUGUAAUAAAUGUGAAAUUAUUAAUGGUAAAGCAACCUGUAUUUAAUGUUUGGAAACUAUAUCUGGGUUUAUGAAAAGUUAGAAUGAAAAUGGGAUUUGCCUGCAAUGCCCGGCUAAUUGUAGAGCAUGUAUGGAUAGAAGUGAAUCAGAGAUCUAACAAGUUAACCCUUACUUUCUUUUAACAGAAUAAAAUAAAUAUUUGACUAGAAUAUGUUAUGAAAAAUCAUAAGUUAAUAAUGCACAAGAAAAAUAUUACUAAGAUUCAUUAACUUAAACCAUUGUAGUUUGUAACAAAUAUGAACAAUGUUAUAAUAAAAUUGUUAUUCGUUAAAACAUUCAUUGCGAUCCUAAGUAUUAUAAUGAAUAAAGAUAUGAAUCAGGUGAUUAAUACUUUGAGAGCAAGAAUAUUCUUAUUUUCAGAUUUUUUGAUUUUAGAUAUUUAAAAGAAUAAGAGUCCAUUUAACUUUUUGAUUAUCUUAAUGAUAUUUCAGCAAGACAAAUUUAAUUUGAAUAUACUAUAAUCUAAUCUGUAGAUGAACCUUGCUAAUUUCGAGAUUAUAUAGAGAUUUUGUCUUCAUUAGCUUAAUAAGUUUUCUCAGUGCAAUAAAUUGACAUUAAAUUUAAGGGAAAAUCAAUUUUAUCAACCAAUCCAAUAAAUCUCUUGGUACCUCCUCAACUAAUUAUAAGCAACUUUACAAUCAUAAGUUUUGAAAAUAUCAACUUUUAAUUUAAGAACAAUCAAAAUGCAUAAACCAAGAAUUACGCCUUUUCUCUAAAUAAUUUAAAAAACAAAAUGACUUUGAAUCUUAAAGACUGUAAAUUUGAAAGUAUAGGUGCUACAAAAUCUGGAUAGAUUUUUAAAUUUUAGUCUAAUAUUCCUUAUUCUCUUUACAUAACAAACCUUGUAAUUAACAAUAUUAAUCUGGAAUAAUCAGAUAUUUUUACUUUUAUUUCCCCAAACACUCUUUCUUAAAAUCAGAUUCAAAUAUCGAAUAUGACAAUUGUAAAUUCUAUAUUUACUUAUUCAACUAUUUUCAAAUUCUUAGCCAAUAAUAAUAACCUCCAAUAUAAAUCCAGCCUAAACAAUAUUAGCAUAAUUGAUACUACUUUCAUAUUAUCUAACUUUUUCAUUUGCAAUGGUGUAUUGGAUUAUACGAUAGGCACUUUAAAAAUUCAUUAAAUGUCUUUCUAAAAUGUUUAGAUUUUGAAUAAUUCAAAUAUUUUCUUCAUUCCGAUUAUGGAAUCAGUUCUUGUUUCUAAGUUGAUUUUAUCAAAUUCUCAGCUAAAAGGAAACUCACAAUUAUAUUCAAGCAAUGUGAUCAAUCUAUAAGAUUGUCUUGUAGAUCAAACGCUUAUAGAAUCAAGUAGUCUAAUACAUAAUAAAGUUGAUUAUACUAAAUCUUAAGUGGCCUUAAGUUACUCAAAGAAAAUCCUCAUUAAAAACUUACAGGUGUUACACUCUAAUUAUUCUAAUAAAUAGCAAAUCAUAACCAUUGUCAAGUAUGCUGAAAUAGAUAAGUUGAUGUUUAAUUUAACCAAUUUCAUAAUGUAAGAUUGUACAUCUAGCACGAAAUUAUAGAAUACUUAGGUUUCUUUUGAUUAAGUAAUGAUAUAUAUUGAAUGUCAACUAUGUUAUUUGGAGGAAAUUUAAAUACAGAGAGGAUAUGGAUUCCCUGAAAUGACCAUCCUUAAUUCAGAGACUUUAGAAAUAAGAAAUUUUUAAUUCUCCUAAAAUCAAAAACAUUUUUCAAAAGUCUUGCAUUCAUCUAUAGAUUGUGUAUCAUAAUUCGCUAUUAUGGAACUAUAUUUCUUUCUUUAUGUCGGUCAAUAUCAAAGUAUUGCUAUUCAUAAUUUAAAUGUACUCAACAGUUUAAGUUUCAAUUCCCCCUUGAUUAUUUUUAAAGGUUAUGAUUUAAUGUAAAAAAUAGUGGAAGAAACAAUUAACGUGUAGGAAUCUUAGUUCAGUUCAAAUGUACUAAUAAUUUCAACCCCUAAUAAAAACACAGCCAUAAUUUCCCUAGAAUCAAAAUAAAAAGGGCUCAUAACCUUUAUCAAUACACACUUUUUCAACAACCAUCUAAAUUAAUAUUAUUCAGCCUUGUCUUAGAUUUCUUCCACCACUUUAUUGUUACUUCUAAAAUUUGGAAGUGUUAUCUUACAAGGUUGUUAGUUUUAUUAGAACUUAGUAACAAACUCUACUGAUUCAAUUCUACACAUUGAUUCAGAAAAGAUUUAUGUUUAGGAUUCCAAUUUUAAAAGCAACAACAUUAUGAACUACACAUUACUGAGUAGAUAUACUUUGUUAUCAAGCACUUAAGAUACAUCUGCAAUUAACCUUCAAUUGAUAUUUCCAAUUAAAUCAAGUAGCGGCAAUGGUAUGAUAGUUUCAAAUUUAAUAGAGAUUGACAAUAUAAAAGUAGAUUCCUCUUUUUCUAUUUAUGGAGGAGGCUUUUAUCUAAUUACAUCUGGAAUUAGCACUAUUAAUAUUAAAAAUUCAGAAUUUUCAAAUACCAAAACAACUCUAUCCUCCUUGUAUUUUUCAAAAGGUGGCUGUUUUUACAUCGAUGCAGGUUAAUCAGCUUUAACUCUCAAGAUUAAGAAUGUUACAUUUGAUACCUCAUUAAGCAGAUACGAUGGUGGUGCAAUAUAUAUAAAUCCGUCUGAAUCUUCCAAUAUAAUUGAGUUUGAUUAAUUAUUUGUAAAGGAUUGCUUUUCCAUUUCAAAUUAAUUUUUCUCAUAUGUUCUCUCCAAAAAAGAUACUGUUUAUUCUUAAAUAGUUUUUAAAAAUAUAGAAUUCCUUUCGACAAAAGAAGGACUCGAAAAUUAUUAUUCAUAAAUAGAUAGUAUCACUGAUGACGAUGUUUACAACAUUAUCCAAUCAAAUCCUUUGAUUUUUGUCCAAUUUGGAAAUUUUAGCUUAUAUAAUUGUAAAUUCAAAUCCAUUUAUAUGUAAUUUUUACUUAAAAUUGUACAAGCUUAAAACAUAUUGUUGUCAAAUAUAUUGAUUACUAAUUGCACAGUUGGAUUGUCGCCGCUCUUUUAAUUGAACUUAAGAUAAUGUAAUAAUAUAUUUAAUAUUCAUAGAAUAGGCUGGAAAAUUAUAAAUAUACGAUCUGUAAAUAACUUAAGUUGAGCAAUCAUCAAUGACAGAGAAAAGAGAAUGCUUACAAAUGAAUUAAGUAUUUCUUUAGCAAUUAGAUUGUCCAGCAAAUAUGACUCAAUUAAAUGCUCAAAUUACAGAUCAUAUUAAUAAUUAAUAACAUUUAAAUCAAUUAAUUUGUAAUUAAGCUAAAAUUUUAAAAGAUCCCUCCUUUACAUUUAGUUUAAUCGAAAUAGAAUAAAUUAGUGUUGUACACAAAUUAAAGAUUGAGAAAAUUGAUAUUAAAGGUGCUUAAUGUACAAAAUGUUAGUUUGGUUUGAUUAGAAUUGUUGAUAUCGAACAAUUAGAGACAGAGAAUAUUAAGCUUUCUUAAAUUUUGAUUAAAAAUUGUAACUGCGGAAAGACUGGUUGUCUUUCAAUAUCUAAAAAUAAAAAUGAUCUCCUUAUUUAAGACCCUGCUCUUAAUUAUCGGAUGUUGUAAUAAAACAAUUACGAAAAACUGUUAAAUACAAUGAAAUAUUAGUUGAUUAUUAAAUAAAGUUAAUUUCUCAAUAACUCUGCAUCCUAUGGAGGUCCACUUUUAAUAAUUAGAAUUCAUGCUAUAAUAAAAGAUUGCAUUUUUAAAAAUAAUGUUGCAGGUUUUGGAGGUGCAAUUUAUUAUUCGUCUGAAAAAGAAGAACUAUAUAUUAUGGAUUCAAAAAUCAUUGAAAAUAAAGCAGAAAUUGCAGGAGGUAUUUAUCUAAGUUCCUAAUCACUCCAGUUAACUAAGUAGUUAGAUUUAUAAUUGGAUUCUAACAAUUCGACCUUAUAUGGAUCCAAUGCUUUGGAGAAACCAAGAUCAUUAAUAUUAGCAAUUAUUGAAGGAAUAUUACUUGAGAAGAAAGAAAUUACUAAUACUGAUAAAGAGAUUAUUGAACAAAUAAUUAUUAAUCCAUAUAAGAUUUUAGGUUCCUCUUCGCAAAAGUAUCAAUUAAUACUACCUUCUGGAAUAGCAAUAACCAGUUACAGAUACUUUGAUCCCAUCAAAUCGGAGUUUAUUCCAUAUAAUCUAACAUUCAGGAUCAUUGCUUUAGAUAAGUUUAAGGAAUAAAUUAUGGGUUUGCCAGGUUCUUAUUGUACUUUAUAACCAAAGGCUUUUAAUUUAAGUUCUUAACGAGAAUAAUAUAAUAUUUAAUAUAGUCUAUCUUAAUAUGAUGUUGUAUUUAAUGAGACUACAGGGGAUUAUAAUUUGGAUAAUCUAAUCAUUUACUUUAAUCCUACUUAUGCUUAGGAUAUUGUUCUUCGAUUAUCAAUUUAGUGCAAUAGCGUUUCUGUUCCUUAAUAUAAAGAAAGUCCUCCUUUUUAAAUUUAUAAUUAUGUCACAAAUUAUCGAUUAUUUGUUGAUAUUCGAACAUUUCCUUGCUAAUUAGGGGAAUUCUUAAAUUAGACUUCUGGUGGAUGUGUUCUCUGCGAUAGUUUUCAGAAUUAAUACUAAGUAACUUGGGCAGCGUAAAAUUGCAGUUAUAAAGAUGAUUCAAAAAUUAAAUCAUUAGAAUCUAGUAUGAUAGAACUAAGGGAGCAUUAUUGGAGAGCAUACUAUUAUAGUCAAACCAUUGAACAUUGUUAUCAUUUGGUGGAAAAUUGCAAAGGCGGUUGGAGACCGGGAGAUGAAUCAUGCAUAUUAGGACACAUUGGAGCAUUAUGCGAAUAGUGUGAUUUAUAUGAUUCUAGAGGAAGUGGAUUCUACUCUGUAAGUUCGGCUUAUUCAUGUGGAAGUUGUGAUUAAAUAGCUUACAAUGUAAUAACAAUAGUAUUUGUGAGCCUUUGGACUUUAAUUUCAACAUUGAUGUCAGUGAGUAGCACCAUAGAAAUGAUUGAAGAAUUUGUAAAAGGUUUAAGCUUGAAAGCCUUUGGAGUUAGAGUAGCAAUAAAAGAAGCUUAAACGGCUAUUCUAAUCAAAGUAUUCACAAAUUAUCUUCAGAUUAUUUCAACUAUUUCUACUUUUUAAUUACAAGUUCCAAUUGGAAUAGCUUCAGUUGUCAAUACUGUUGGCAAUCCUAUUGAAUCACUUGCUUAUUCAUUAGAUUGCUUUUUAGCUACCAUCACAGAUAUUUUGAUAAUAUACUUCAGAAUUAUUUGGAGCUUGAUAAUGACUUCUACUUAUAUAACAGUUAUUUUUAGUUUAUUUGGAAUCGCAAUAAUUAUAAAGCAAAUAAAAUUCAACUUUUCUUUUAUUUCUACAUCUUUGAUAUACUUAUUCAUAUUUUUGUAGCCAAAUUUGGUAGGAGGAAUCGUUUCUUUAUUAUCUUACAGAAAGAUAUCAGAUGAAUAUUGGAUUUAAGGCAAUGUAGCUUACAGAUAUGACACAAUUUAACAUGCUAAAUGGGUGAUCACAUUUUGCUUACCCUUAUUAUUCACCUUUGGAAUUAUACUUCCUUGCUUUUUGUGGUAUGGUGUCUAUAAAAAUAAACACCAUUUAGAUUUUUCUUCUGUAAGAAAGACAUGGGGGUAUUUGUAUAAUGAAUAUCGGAUUCACGCUUAUUUUUGGGAAACUUUAAAGAUAAUGCAAAAAGAAAUCAUUAUUAUUGUGUUGGCCUAUUAUGAUGAUCAUGUCCCAAUAAAAGCAUCCUUAGUAUUUCUUGUUUUAUUUGGUUACACUUUUAUAGCAAUUAAACAGAAACCAUAUAUGACUGGAUAAUUAAAUUUAAUAGAUACGUAAUCAACAGUAAUCUGUGCAGUAUCCAUUAUUUUAGCUAGUUCUAUUUAUACAGCACAAUAAUAAGAGCUGUAUGAAAUUGUAUGGCCUUUUUAUCUCAUAAUUGGCUUUCUUAAUGGCUUUUAUAUUCUUCGAAUGCUAAUAUAGAUUCUAUUUGCUUAUUUCAAUAAGCUUAAUGAUAAAAUAGAUAUUUUAAAAGAAGUAGUAUAAAAUUACUUCCCUAACAUUGUGAAGUAUCAUCCAUUCUUGAAAAACUUCUUUGAGACCCACAAAAAUAAACAAUCUAGAAUUAGGCUAAAAUUUUCAAAAUUAAGAGAGUAUUUAAUACCAUAGGCUCGUCUGAUAUUAGAGUUUAAAAAGUAUAAUUCAUUAUUUAUUAAGAUUGAAACGAUUAGAGUUAUCUUCCAAAAACACAGUUUCAAAAAUGAUGGAUAAAGAAAAACAGGAAACUGAAUAAUUAUUUUCUGCAGAAAUAUUUAGUGUCAAUAAUCUUAUCCAUUUGAACACGUUACAACAAAGUCAAAUAAAAAAAAACGAAUCCUCAUUUCCCAAUACGAAAUUAGAAUAAACCUCAUUUGCCCUUUAAUCCUAAAGAGAUUAUGUUAAAUAAAACUAAAACCCAGAGAAGGCACAAUUAAAUUAUGAACAAAAACAUGUUUGA